UCAUCCUGCCCCCUCGCUGUCCUACCCAUGGGUUGGGAGAAGGGAGACUGCCCCUUCCACCGAUACAGACACACAUCAAACCUACCUAACUGGAGCUUCGUCGAGGCGCCAUGACUGCCCCCGAACCCCAGCAAUCGGUGACAGAGGAGACGCCUCUCCUGGAAGCGUCUAUUCAGGGGGCAGACAAUGGCGAGGAUUCUCCCCGGGUUCGUGUCACCCGGUUCAGAGGCACCGCGAUCGUGGGUGCGAUGGGCGUGCUGUUGUUCAUCCUGACAACCAACAUGUCGAUGAUGGCGACCGCGCAAUCCGACAUCGCCGCCGACCUGGACGCCUUCAGCGAGACCACCUGGUUCAACUCGGCUUUUUUGAUAGCAAUGUCCAGCAUAACCCCCCUCUCCGGCCGGCUCGCCCAGAUUUUCACACCACGCGUGUACAUCCUCUUCUCGUGCACGCUGCUCAGCGUGGGUCUAUUCGUCACAGCCACGGCGCCAACCCUCGCCAUCUUCCUGCUCGGAAGAGUACUCACCGGCUGCGGAGCCGGCGGGCAGAUGGUCAUCGCGAUUAUCCUGGCGCUUGACCUGACGAGCAGAAACCGUAGAGGUUUGUUCAUCGGCAUGAUCAGCGCCGGGAUGACCGUCGGUGUGUCGUCGGGGGCGGUGCUGGCGGGCCUCUUGACGCCGGCGUAUGGGUGGCGAUCGAUGUUCUGGCUGCAAGCCCCGGCCGCGCUGCUCGUCGGCCCAGUGCUGUUCUCCGCCAUCCCGAAGCGAGCAGAAGAUGAGAAUGUGGAUGCACGCGCUUUGCUUGGAAAGUUGGUGAAGGUGGAUUAUGCUGGGGCUUUGACAUUGACCCUCUCCGUCUUCCUCCUCCUCGCUAGCCUCUCCGCAUCCGAAAUCCAAACCGCUCCAAUCAUCUUCUCCUUCAUCUUCCUCGGAAUCUUCCUCCUGAUCGAGCGAUCCACCACCGAACCAAUCAUCCCAAUCGAGGUCCUCAGCAUGCGAAGCGUCCUACUAACCUGUCUCUCCGGCGUAGCGUGCAUGAUGGCGCGGUGGUCAGUGCUGUUCUACUCGCCUGUAUAUGCGCUCGUGGUGCGGGACUGGUCCCCUGCUUCGGCGGGACUGAUCCUCGUGCCGACGAAUGCGGGAUUUGGGUUGGGGGGGCUACUUGUUGGGUGGGUGCAUAUUCGGGGGGAAGGAGGGUAUUAUCUAUCGGCCCUAACAUCCUACCUCCUCUUCGCCCUGAGCAACCUCCUCCUCGCCAUCCUCUCCACCCCCACCUCCUCCCCACUCCUCUACAUAACCGCCACCUUCUUCAGCGGGUUCUCCAUCGGCGCCAUAAUGAACUACGCCCUCUCGCACGUCCUACACCUUACUUCCCCGGAGAUCCACUACGUGGUCAGCGCUCUCAUCGGAAUGAGCCGCGGCUUCGCAGGGAGUUUCGGCGCCGCGAUCGGGGGCGGGUUCUUCCAGCGGACCCUGAAAGAGGGGCUGGAGACGGGGUUCGCGGAGCAUGAUAUCACCGGCCCGGGGAAGGAGGAGCUGGUUCGGAAGUUACUGGGGAGUCCGGCGCUGGCGAAGAGUCUGGAGGGCGUGGAGAGGGCGGUUGCUGUGAGGAGUUAUGAGGGGGCCGUUAAGAUGUUGUUGUUGGGUAGUUGCAUGUUGACGUUGUUGGCGGCGGUGGCACAGGCGGGGACGGGGUGGAGGGGGGAUAGGCAUAAGGCGGGGAAGAGGAGUAGGGACGAGGGGUUGGAGGGAGGUGCUGGGGAGGAGGAGUAGAAGAGGGAGGGUUAUAGUUUGUAGAGGUGUAGAUAUGCGUGGUUGGUUUGGUGUUGUGUGGUGUGGCUGUGAUGGAUGAUGCCUCGCAGGGGAAUGUGGCCUUCGAGUCUUGGUUUUGGGAGAGGAUUAAUUAAUAUUGGGAUGGCGUUAGUGGCGUUUCUUUCCAGUUGCUGAUUUUGUUUUGGGUAUUGCUAGCGCAGUGUGACGUGAUUAAGGCCUAUUUCAACGGUCGAAGGUUAAAGCUACCUUGGGAAUCAUUUAAACGCCCUGUACCAUGUCACACCAUGUACAGUGGAUUUAUCAGACCUGCUUGGAGGUGUAG